GUCUGCACGGACGGAGACAGAGACAGAGAGAGCCACAACAGGAAAAAGUGGCAGAGACAAAGGACCGACAAGCCUUCAGGGGGAGAGGACACAGCAGAGUCCGCUUUUAGACCGGUUUCUGAGCGUCCAGCCGGGACUCCACCGCUGGGAGACGAGCUGGCAUCUUUCGCUGCUUAAAUCAAACUCCUCGUUACGUCUGUUCCAGUGGAAGUGAGGCUUCAUGGUCAGCACUGCGGUGAUGGAAAGAACUGCAAACCUAUAGGCUGUGGUGGAAAGAGCUGUCAGCACACACGAAUACAGAGGAUGGAGGAAGUGGAAACACUCAGAGAGUAAUGGCAGUUUGAUUGACGGCACAGCUGUGGCAUUGUUGGAGGAGUAAUCUUUCAUUUGGGAGCAUCCGGAGUAUCUUUGUUUGCGAUUUCUGCUGGUGAUUCCAUCUUGAGUUCCUCUUUCUGCCCCCUCCUCUAUCUUGCUGACUUCAUAUCAGUCCUUUAGAGAGAGCAGGUGCUGCUGUGUUGAACAGCCACAGGUCUCUUUACCUUGCAGCCCCCACCUCCUGCUAGACUGUACACAGCAACACACAAGCUCCUCUCUUCCAAGCUGGCUGAGAGGUUGCCAUGGCAAUGGUUGUCAUGAUGCCGAUGUAGCGUCCUGCAAGUAGUAGUGGUGGAGGUAGUGGUGGAGCUGGAGGUGGUAGUGGCUCCGUCGGCGGUGGUGGUGAACGUCCAGGGAUGGGAAGCGCUCCGUAUCCAGCCGGUGAGUGGAAGGGGAAGGGGCGAGGCGGCCUGCAGGAGCUGGGCUGUAUGCCCUGGAAGGUCAGCAAGCAGAAAGGUGGAGGAGGGGAGGUGGUGGUGGGAGCCGAGGAGAGGAGGUGCAGGGAUCCCAGGGACACUCAGCAGCAGGAUCUCUCGUCCUCCUCUUCCUCCCUCACCCCCCCAGCUCCUCCCCAGCCGUCUCUGACACCUCCGGCCAUUUAUCAUGAGAAGCAGCGGAGGGAGCUGUGCGCUCUGCACGCGCUCAACAACGUCUUCCAGGACGGGACAGCCUUCAGUCGGGACACUCUGCAGGAGAUAUACCAGAGACUUUCCCCCAGCACUAUGGUGACGCCUCACAAGAAGAGCAUGCUGGGAAAUGGGAACUAUGAUGUAAAUGUCAUCAUGGCAGCUCUGCAGACCCGAGGAUUUGAGGCAGUUUGGUGGGAUAAAAGAAGGGAUGUGGGCAGCAUUGAGCUGUCCAACGUGGAGGGCUUCAUUCUGAACGUACCGUCCAAUCUGCGCUGGGGACCCCUCCGACUGCCACUCAAACGGCAGCACUGGAUAGGUGUCAGAGAAGUGGGAGGAGUCUACUACAACCUGGACUCCAAGCUACGUAACCCUCAACCCAUUGGCAAUCCGGAUGAGCUCAGGAGAGUUGGACCGCUGCGCAAAGUCUUCUCCAGCGCAUCCCAAAGAUUCUCAAUGGGGCUGAGGUCUGGACUCUGUGGCCGAUCCAUGUAUGAAAAUGACGUCUGAUGCUCCCUGAUCCACUCAUUCACAAUGUGAGCCCCAUGAAUCCUGACAUCGUCAUCUUGGAAUCAUCAGGGAAGAAAAACUCCAUUAAUGGAAAGACCUGGUCAUUCAGUAUAUUCAGGUAGUCAGCUGACCUCAUUCUUUGGGAACAUAACAUUGCUGAACCUGACCAAAACCAGAUCAUAACUCUAACCCCCACAGGCUGGUAGACACUAGACAUGAUGAGUGCAUCACUUCAUCCUCCUUUCUUCUUACCCUGAUGCCCCCAUUACUUUGGAACAAGGUAAAUCUGGACUCAUCAGACCACAUGACCGACCACAUUUGUUCCUCGAAGAUGAUGGUUCUCCAGGUUUUAAUGAUGCGUUGGACAGUUCUUAACCUGAUUUUAGUAGUUUCAGAAAUCUCCUUAGUUGUUUUCUUUGCUUGAUGCAGGCCAAUAAUUUGACCCUGCUGAGACAGAGUAACAUCCUUUCCACGACCACAGGAUAUGUCUUCUGACAUAGUUGUUCAAGAAAUGAGAAGCUCUUCACUGCAUCAGCUAAGGUUAAAUAAAUUGUUGCAGCUGAAACAUAUUCAUCUCUGCAGUAUUCAAUGGAAGGCUCUUAUCUAUUUGCUUAGUUAAAUCCAGGUGGCAACUUUCUUUUUGGCCAGGCAGUGUGUUUUGCCUUAAGCUUUGACUGUCACAGUCUGUAGUGCAGAAUGAGCUGUCAUCUGUCCCUGCACUCUCGGACGAGUCACUGCAACGCAUGUGACAAAACUGAGUAGAGAAUUGUGAGUUGGAAUGACCAGAGAAACACACUGGCUUGCAUGCUGCAAAAUCCGACUGGACAUUAGUUCUACAUCUGGGUAUUUUUGGCAUUAUGGCACUUGAUGUAUGGGAACACACUAAGAUUGUGUUCUAAAUCACACACUUGUUCUUUUUUACUUUCAGUACAUUCUACAGCUUACAAAGUACGUGCUGUGUCAUGCAGUAUGUAUACAAGUUGGACUACAUACAGCAUUUGAAGCACUAUAUAUUGAGACACACUAAAUCACUUUCCACUAUACUAUACUGUAUGGUAGUAUGGAUCCAGUUACAAACCACAUAUAGGAGUCUGAUUUCGUUCUCAAAGAGGCACCAUUACUCCAUUAUAGUUUACAUCAGGGGUGUCUAACAUACGGCCCACGGGCCAAAACCGACCCGCAAGAGGGUCCAAUCCGGCCUGCGGGAAGACUUUAAGACAUUAACUGCAAUUUUUCAAUAAAAAUACCUGCUAUUUUAGAUUUGUUCAUGCACUGCCACAACUUUUAUGUAUAAAUUUUAUACAUUUACAAGGCAGAAGGACAACUUAAUCUUCUUCCUUAAUAGUUCCCACUUUAGGUUGUGUGGUGUAGUAGUCAGGAUUACUACACAGAUGUGGAAAUGAACGUAAAUUGAAAAUAAACUCUAGGUUUUGACAAGUUGUUUCAAUCAUAAAGUAAAAUACUAUAUUGCUCAGUUCCAGAUAUCUGUGACUGAAUGUUUUGUGCCUUUGUAGACACACAGUGAUCUGUAAGUUGUAACAAUGCAGAAAUGAUCAACUGAGGCAUAAUACUGUUGAAAUUAAACUUAAUCUUAUUAAGAAACUUCAGUUUGUUCAU